AUGGCUACCGCAGCAACUGCAUCUUCAGCUUCAAACGCAAAAUCUUACAAAGUUAUGAUCAAGGAGGCUAUCUCCACUUUGAAGGAAAGAAAUGGAUCAUCCCGUCAAGCUCUUAAGAAGUACGUUCAAAGCAACAACGAUAUCAAAGGAAACAACUUCGACUCCUUGUUCAACAGCGCUUUGAAAAAGGGAGUUGACCUCGGUGAAUUCCUCCAACCAAAAGGACCUUCAGGGCCAGUUAAGUUGAACAAGAAGGCAGCUGCAAUCAAGGAAACCAAGGCAAAGAAGGAAGUUAAGAAACCAGCUAAGAAGGCUGCUGCACCAAAGAAGGUGACUAAAAAGACCCCUACCAAGGCUACCCCUACCAAGGCUACCACUACUAAGAAAGCUACCACCAAAAAGGCAACCACAGCAGCCAAGCCUGCUGCUAAAAAGACCAAGGCUGCUGCCCCAAAGAAGGCUAAGGUCGCUAAGAAAUAA